AUGAAGCUUCUACCUGUCCUACUUCUGGGAGUUUUUCCAGCGGCCUAUGGCUACUCGUGUAGCGCUUUGGUGAGUCCAGUUGAAAAUAAUUAAAGAUUAAAUUAGUUUUUACUUAUCAGUUAGUCGAAGAAUUUUGAAAAAAAAAUCCAAAAACGAUAAUAAUGUGUGUCCCUCCACAUAGCCUUCUCGUACUUCCAAAAUUGACCAUCAAAAUAUUCAAUAUUAUUUUAUUACUGUAUACCGUAUAAAACCUACCGUACUACCGAUACCUUUACCAAAUACAGUCCGCACAAUGCUAGAGUAAUACUCCCACAUUACCAAAGACCUCCCUGAAUCCCAUUUCUACUACUUCAUCCUUUCAGCCACCCGCAGUACCUGGAGUUCACAAAGACCUGCUAGAGCGGUUCAUUGUCCUGCCUCGACCACUUCGAGUCGGUGACAAUAUUGUUAUCUACGGUAAAGUCGGCAGCGGCACCGUUCCUUUCAAGUUUGAACUAACUUUCUUCUUUUCAAUAUCGGAACCUUUCAAAACAGGCGGUUUUCUCUGGACCUUUUUGUUGAUACAAAUCCAAUCAUCUACAAAACGGUUAGCACUUUGCACAUGACUGCCCAGUAUGAUUUGAAUCGAACCUUCUUUGGUGAUUAUCAGGUCAGACUUCCGAUAUGAUCGUAUUUAUUAGAGAUCUCAACUCUCUGAAGUCGUCGUGAAUGAAAUGUUCUGCCAUGUAUUCUUCAGGUUAACGCUAACCAACUAUUCCGCACAGACAAAAUAAUUCCUCUGGCCUUCAACGACAAUUACUUCUUUCUCAGAAUAACGUUAGUCCAAUUAAAAUUCCAGAACAGAAUCAACUCUUCAGGGUUGAAGCAGACGGAUACUCAAUCUACAAAGACAACGUUCUUCUCCACAAGUUGAAGUACUUCAAGGAGAACUACAGCACUGUGAGCACUAUCUACCUGCAAAACCUCGACUUCCAAACGGAUUGGUAGGUUUUUUUUGUUGCUACAAUUCAUAUGAUAUUUCAAGCGUAAUCGAUUGUACCGAGGCGAAACAAUGCCCAGCCACGGCAGCUGAAGAAAUGACGAUUAUUAUUUCACACAAAACGCUUCAAUACGUCGGUAUGUUUCAAAGGACUACAGUAAUCACGGAGGAAUUAUUUUAAAAAACCUUUUUUCAGAUGGCGUAUGCCCCUGA